AUGGAAGGGGACUUCUCCAACCGGUUCCUGGCCACAUUUCCAACCCGCCCAAUCUCCCAAAACCCACUCGUGCAAAGCAAGAAAGCCCCAAGCUCCUGGGAAAUAUUUUCUCUUCCAUGCCCAACGCUGAUAGAUUGCAUCGGGCAAGAUGCGCCCAACCGGACCCAGGAGACAGGAUCGUGGAAACGGCGGAUCGGCGGCGGGAAAGUUAGACUGGACUGGGUUUCGGGACUGGAGGAGGGGGAAUAUGGAGGGGCGGAUUGGUGUCUCAUACUAGCUGAUGAGAUGUCCUAUUUUCAGGUGCUGCUUCAAGAGACAUGGAUUCUUCGCAAGAAGGAGGCUCAGUACAGUAGUUUUGUAAAGUGGCGAAAGCGCCCAGCCCUGUCUGGGCAAGAAGAUGCCGGCCGCACCGCAGCGCGGCGCGCAGAAGACAGGAAUAAGAGGAAUAGGAACAGGAAUAGACAUAGCCCGGUCGGUUCGGGUGGAAAGUCUAUUACCAUCUGUUUUGUCUAA